UCCGAAACCACCACUAAGAGCAUUUUGCGUUGUUACCUUCAAACCAAAGCUAAAACAAUGGGUUCAGAAUCUUAUUCCAAACUCCCAUUCCUAGAUUUCUCAAAGCCAGAACUAACAAAGCCAGGCACUCCACAGUGGGAAUCCUUGAAAUCCCAAGUUCGCCAAGCCCUGGAAGAGUAUGGCUGCUUCGAGGCAUCCUUCGACAAGAUUUCUGCCGAAAUUCGCACCGCGGUUUUCGAGUCACUGGAAGAGCUUUUCGACCUUCCUCUGCAAACCAAGCUGCGGAAUGCAUCCAAGAAACCCUUCCAUGGUUAUGUUGGACAGUACCCUCAGGUUCCACUCUAUGAAAGCAUGGGCAUCGAUGAUGCCGAUACUCCUGAAAAGGUUGAAAACUUGACCAAGACGUUGUGGCCUCAAGGAAACCCGCGUUUCAGCAAAACAAUCCAAUCUUACUCGGAGCAGCUUUCAGAAUUCGAUAAAAUGGUGAGAAAAAUGAUCGUCGAAAGCUUUGGACUUGAGAAAUACAUGGACGAACACAUCGACUCCACAAACUACCUACUGAGGGUGAUGAAAUACAAAGGUCCCAAGACCCCUGACACCAAAAUUGGUCUGCACUCUCACACAGACAAGAACAUCGUGACCAUAUUGUAUCAGAAUCAAGUCGAAGGACUGGAAGUGCAGACCAAAGAUGGCGGGUGGAUUAAAUUCCAGCCCUCCCCAAACUCUUUCAUCGUCAUGAUUGGCGACUCUCUUAAUGCAUGGUUGAAUGGUCGGCUGCAUUCAGCCUUUCAUCGUGUGAUGAUGUCUGGAAAUGAAGCCAGAUAUUCCCUAGGCUUAUUUUCAAUACCAAAAGCUGGUUACAUUAUCAAAGCCCCGGAAGAAGUGGUUGACGAGGAACACCCUUUGGUGUUCAAGCCCUUUGAUCAUGUGGAGUUUCUUAAAUUUUACUACUCGGAAGCUGGCCAAAGAGCACCUUCUGCUUUGCAUGCUUACUGUGGAGUCUAAAACUGUAUCUCUACGAUUAUCGAUAUGAUCCUACGGCUGCUGGUGCUUGUUGUCUGUUGACUUCGCGUGUUUCCUUGCUAUUUUAUUAUGAAUAAAAUGUUCGGUAAUUCUACUUCUUAACCAACCACUUGUCCAGUUGGAGUUUGGAGAAAGAUAGAUACAGACAAGAAGAGAAACUUUUGUAAAAUAUAAAUCACCUAAGAUAACAUAUAUCAAAAGUGGGCCUUUUUUACUCGCUCAAUUUCCGAAUCCUAACAAACUCGUUUCUGGGCCAGCAGAUGGACUGGUAUAUUAAAGCCUACAAGGAUGAAACGCUAGUCUUUGACCUAUAUAUACUACCUUUCCAAAUUUCUCUCCCGCUCUCUUCUUGAAUCCUUCGCAAUGAUUGUAAAACAGUAUUGGAGGUUGGAUCGAAAAACUCAAUGGUAUAAUAUUUUAGUGAAAUUGUAGUUUAACCGUAGUUCAACCAUUUCAUAAAGUUAAAUGUCACUUACCGAUUCAACCUCCAAUAAAAGAUUUUUCUAAACGAACCGCAAAUAUAGUACGAUUUUUCAUUCUUUCCCCUUACGAAUAUGAACGGUUAUAAAAUUUCUCAAUUAACCAUUGAAGCCUUAAAUAAUUGUGAGUGUAUUUUGUUCUGCAUCCUAAAAAAAAUUAAAUUUACCUUUAAUCCUUUCUUACACUGAUGGAAAAGAGGUGAAUCCGGUCAAAAUAUGACAGACUAAAGGUUGAUCCAAAAGAUCUCGUAGCUCGGUUUGCCCAUGGUACAAAAGGAAGACAAUUUUCGAGUCGCACCAGGUCCGAAAUGAAAUCCACCUGGUUUUCUUCUCAUUCAGCUAACUAACCUUUAUUCGACGUAAUCGAGCGGAUAUGGGCAACAGACAAGAGAGAGCAGGUACAGGAUAAGAAGUGGGAGAGACUCUCCGAGAGAGCAGGUAGCUCUGUAUCUAUAGAAAGAAGGACAUCGAAUAGAGAGCAGAGGGAGAGUCGGGAUUUUUGCCGAUAAUAGCAAGUUAAAUUUUAUUUUUUAAAACUAGCACCCAGUCGAAAAAAUGGACAUAAAUAGCACCAUUUUUAAUGUAACGCACCCCUAAGGUGCGUUUUACUUAUAAACUGCACCUUAGGGGUGCGUUCCAUGCCACAUCAGCACGCGAACCGCACUAGGAAGGUGCGGUGUGCUUUUUCUGCGGAAGAAUCUUAAAGACCGUUGGAUGGAGACGCGAUCGGAGGGCGGAACGCACGCCGGCAGAGCGAUCCGCUCCAUAGAUCGAGGACCGCACCUGCAAGGAGCGGUCAGCGCCUCGUGAAUCUCAAACCGCAUCGGAAGGGAGCGGUUUCUGCGAGGGGGAAAUUACCAGACCACCCCUAAAGGGUGUUGUUUGCAUAGUAUAAAUACCCCUCUUCCCACUCUCAUUUCUUCACACCACAACCCAUUCUUCCUUCUCUCUCUAGAAUUUAUCUCUCUAAACCCUCCCCUUCCAAAAGCCUAGGAAAUUGUGGUAUGUUGGUUGCGGCUAAGUCCGAUCUGCCAUCAGAAAACAUUUCUUUGGUUUUUUUAUUCAAAACCCGCCGAGCCGAAUCUCUAUCUGAAUUUUGGUUUUUUCCUCAAAAUCCACUGAGCCGAGCCGAAUCUCUGUCCAAAUUUCUCGAAAAAAUGAGCGAGUGGUGGCAAGGAGAGACAGUUUAUGUUGAUGAAUUUCUAGCGGUACGUACUCAUUAUUCUUGUUUAAUUUUUGUUGUUGUUCUAAGCUUUUUAAUUAAUCUAUGUACUGACCUCGUUGUUAUUUUCUCGUAGGAUGGGGACGACGUGGAUAUAUACAACAAACGGUAUUAUCUCGAGCAAGGAUAGUUGGAUCCAACCGACUUGUACGACCAACCCAACCAUCGGUCAAGGGAUGUUUGGAACGAUCAGCGCAUGGCCAAGAUGCGGUUUUGCCCUAGGAUAAUAAACCGCACCUUAGAGG